AUGGUGGGAAUCGAUGGAGAUCGAGAAAUGGCGAGUUUGGCGGACAACGAUGCGCUGCAAUUCAUUUUGCUGGGCAUCGUCAUCGUCAUUUCCAACGGCAUGCUGGUUCCCUUGAACUGUUCUCAUUUGCCGAACAUGCUCGAAAAUGUCACGAUGAUCGAGACCUACUACGACAAUAUGCCGAACCCCUUUGAUCAGGGCAGCAAACUCUCUAACAUGGCGCAAGUCUUUGGGAGCCCAGGCAUCGAUUGGCUACUACCAAUGCCACCUUUGAGGCCGCUUACCGAUGGCAUUUGCUAUGCACGAACAGACGAACCUGUCGGUUCAGCUGGCUUUGCCAAAGUCUACGAGGACUCACAGUGGCGGGAACCAGAAGAUGUGUGGCGGAGCAGAUACCAUGCUCAAAUGCGGCCCAAGGAUCAUGGCUCUGGUGAAGAGGGGCCGUUCUCCUCAGUGGUGAAAUGGUUUCACGGAUAA